ACCACCGUCGUCUCCGGCCAUGGGGUCGGCUUCGUCUUCGCGCAACAUGGCAACACCUUCGCCGUCUACGAUCGCGGCGUCAACUUCUCCGUCUCCGACCAUCGUCCCAUGUAAACGAUCCCAAAAUCGUAGCAAAAAGGCAUCAAGCCCGAGUUUCUCUGAUCUUCCAUUAAGUCUCCUGGAAGAAAUAAUGUCUCUUCUCGUGGUCAAAGACAACAUCCGUGCAUCAGCUGCUUGCAAGACAUGGCUCGAAGCGGCAUCAACUGUUCGUGUAUCGGAGAAACAUCCAUGGCUUUUGGUUUUGCCUGAUCGCGGCAGCUUGAUUAAACUCCACGAUCCAUCAAACUGCAAGUCGUAUGCGUUGGAUCUGCCAGAGUUGGCUAACUCCACCGUGUUUAUCUCGAACGAGGUCUUCUUCUUUAACCCGUUCACUAAAGAGCUCAUAAGCUUGCCUAGGCUUGAUCUGCAUAUUCUUGCGAUUGGAUUCUCAUGUCCUCCUACUUUAGUCUUCUUGGCAGAGAAGAAAGGAGAGCUCUUUCUCAUGUUUACUUGCGGGAACAAGAAGCCAAUGGUUUAUAAGCUAGUCACCGAUUUUGAGUGGGAGGAGAUGAAUAGCAGUAAUGCACUUGAUGGCUUGACAAUCUUUGUGAGUUUGUGUAACGUCGAGCUCAGAAGUGAUCUCCCAUUGCUGAGGAACAGAGUAUGCUUCUCUAGGUUUGGUAACAAUCGCAAGCGUUGCGUGACCUACUCCUUUGAUGAAAACAGGUUCAAUACGCGCAAGGAAUGGCACAGCUCGUCAUACCUUUGUCCUCCUCAGUGUCUCUGGUUCGAUCCGCCCAAGAACGUUUUCGACUAUUUG